UCAUUUGGCUUCGGCUUAUUUGUUUUGGUUUGGUUUUGUGAUAAAGUCAGUUUUGUCAAGAUAUAGGUAUUCACUAUGGAUGCAACUGAAUUUAGAAAAGAAGGAAAAGUAUUGAUAGACUACAUCACAAACUACUUGGAAAACAUAAGAGAUAGAAGAGUAUUCCCCGAUAAAAAACCGGGAUUUAUUGGAGAACAAAUACCUGAUUCGGCUCCCGUCGAGGGUGAGAAAUGGUCAGAGAUUUUCAAAGAUGUGGAAAGAAUUAUAAUGCCUGGAGUUACCCACUGGCAGAGUCCACAUAUGCAUGCCUAUUUUCCUGCACUUAAUAGUUAUCCUUCUAUGUUAGGAGAAAUGAUUACCAACGCAAUAAAUUGUUUAGGAUUCACAUGGGCAUCUAGUCCAGCUUGUACAGAACUAGAAAUGAUGGUGAUGAAUUGGUUGGCGAAAAUGAUAGGACUUCCAGAUGAUUAUUUACAUAAGAAAGGUGGAAAAGGAGGAGGAGUUAUUCAAACGACAGCUAGUGAGAGUACUUUGAUCAGUCUCCUGGCUGGUCGGUACGUUGUAUUAAAACGAUACAUGGAUCUUUAUCCAGAUGUGAGUAAACAUGAAAUACAUGGAAAACUAGUAGCCUACUGCUCUGACCAAGCACAUUCUAGCAUAGAAAAAGCUGCUCUUAUAGGAUUGGUUACUCUUAGAUAUAUCGAUGCGGAUGAUGAUUAUGCAAUGAGGGGUACAGCUUUGGAGAAUGCUAUAAAGGAAGACAAGGAUAAAGGUUUAAUUCCGUUUUGGGUGUGCGCUACUUUGGGAACUACUGGAUCUUGUGCAUUUGAUAAUUUAGAGGAAAUUGCUAUCAUUUGCGAAAAAGAGUUGUUGUGGUGUCACGUGGAUGCAGCUUAUGCAGGGUCUGCAUUUAUUUGUCCAGAACAUAGAAUAUGGUUGAAAGGAAUCGAGAAGGCAGAUUCAAUAGCAUUUAAUCCUUCCAAAUGGUUAAUGGUGCAUUUUGAUUGCACAGCUAUGUGGGUUAAAAACAGUGGAGCUUUACACGGUGCUUUCAAUGUCAAUCCACUAUAUUUAACACAUGAAUAUUCAGGUUUUGCAAUAGAUUUUAUGCAUUGGCAGAUUCCUUUGAGUAAAAGAUUUCGAGCUUUGAAAUUAUGGUUUGUUAUUCGCAACUAUGGAAUAAGCGGAUUACAACAACAUAUAAGGAAGGGUAUCCGUCUAGCAGAAAAAUUCGAGUCUCUUAUAGCAGGCGACAGCAGAUUUGAGAUACCAUGCCAAAGAUAUUUGGGUUUGGUAGUUUUUAGAUUGAUUGGCGAUAAUGUUAUCACCGAGACUUUGUGGAAAAGGUUAAAUGCGAGAGGAAAGAUCCAUUGUGUACCAGCUAGUUUGAAAGGAAAAUACGUUAUUAGAUUCACUGUUACAUCACCAAGAUCAACUGUUGAUGAUAUUAUCGUGGCUUGGAAGGAAAUUGUUUCAGUUGCAGAUGAUCUGCUAAAAGAAAGAGCAACCAUAUCAUCCAGAACAAGGGUACCACUUGCAGAUACACGAGAAAAAAAUGAAAAUUUCGGUACAAGUUUACUUCUAUCUAAUAUUCCAACAUCCCCAAAAAUUGUGAACGGGUCAUUUGCCGCAAUAUACGAUCAAGGUGAUGUUUUGGAUGAAUUUAUGAAAACUGUCAAGUUGAGAAAAGAUGCUAAAGACAGUCCAGCAAUGCGGAGAAGAAUAAAGGGCAUUCUCAUGUCGGGCAAACAGUUCUCGUUAGAUUCAAGACUUGAUCUAUUUCAUGGUAUUGAAACUACUAAGCAAUCAGAAACAAAGUUACCGUUACUUGAAGAUACGAAUGAAGGUGAAGAUACUAGCUGUACUGAAAGCGAUUUUGAAUGUCUCCAGUCACCGUGUAGUGAACCGGAUAUGUUAUAUCACGAUUCUAUUACUAGACCAAUAUCAGUGGAUCAGCGAACCAUAAACUUUAUAGAAAUGAAACAAGUUUGUGCCAAAUGCGGACAUCUUGUCAACCAAUGCGAAGCAACAAGAGACAAAUAGAUAUUUAUAAUUCGUAAUUUGAAUUUCAUUAAAUAUCCAAGUGACAACGUAGAUAGAGAAAUCAUUUUUAAUAAUUUAUAUAUUUAAUUUCUAAUUGGAAUUUUCAGAAGUAUACAUCAUUCAUUUCAUAACAGAUUGAAUGAUUUUUAUAAACUUUCGUUUGUGAAGAUUUUGUGAUAUGACUGAUAUUAUGAUGGGAUUUAGUUAUAUUUCGUCAUUUUAAAACUUUGUUAUUUCAAAUAGAUCAUCCCACAGUUUCAUUGAUUUUUGAAAUCUUCAAAAAAUGCUAAUUAUUUGUCUUUUAUUGCCAGAGUUAUGUUAGAUUGGCAAUAUAUCCGCCGAUGUUGGAAUGUUACAUAAUGAUGGUUCUGAUUAGAUAAUUAGUUGUACAGUAGGAUAUUUUUUCCCAUCAUGUCACAAAAACCUUGCAACUCAAGAUUUCAUUAGGUUGUGAAUUUAAACUACAUACAGAAAAUGAAAUUACAGCAGUUGUCCAAAAUGUUGUCCGAUUAGUCCUAGACCUAAAACCAAAAGAUACGUGGUUUUUAAAACUUGAAAAAAAAAUGUUCUUAUCAUUUUGAUAAUAUAUAUAUUCUCUAUAUGAUAUGAUAUAUAUCUGAUAUAUUCUCUAAUAUACUCCAACUUCUUUGAACGGUCUAAAAAAUAUGUUUUCUUGAAGUGUGCUAAGUAGGCCUUCAGAAUGCCGAUUAUCUCCUCAGUGGACUCAAUUUCUGUCCAGUGAGUGACUUUUAAGUUUAGAAAAAAACAGAAGUAGCACAGGAGAAAUCUGAUGAAUACUGUGGAUCGGGUAGUACUUCAUAGCCCAACUCAACCAAUUUGACCGUUGCGAGAAUGGAGGUGUGAGGUGGUGUGUUAUUCCUUCUCCCGGUAGCCCAUAUAGAUCUCACUUGUGAAUUUCAGGAUACAAUGACUAUCACUUUUCCCGCCGAUACGACAGUCUUCGUCUUAUUUGGAGCAUUUUUGCCGAUUAACGUUCAAUUUCGGGACCAUUAUUUAGAGUCUAGUGUGAGCUAGUGGAUUCUUGUUUCAUCUACUCUCAUGACACGAUUCAGAAACUUCUUUGGAUCGUAUCUAAACAGCAUCAAACUCUGUUUUGAAGUAAUCUUAUAUGUCAGCAAACUAUUAAGUGUGGAUCUUAUUUUAAUUUUGACAGUUUUUCUACGACGUUAUCUGGACCUGUUUUUUGUUGCGGCAGUUUAAACUUAAAAACCGAGAAAAUGCAUCUCAAAUAACAAAUUUCUAAAAAAACUGAAGUUUUCAUACUACAUGAAUAUCAGCAUAAUAUCGACUAAAUUACUAAAUCUGUCUUAAUCAAAAUAUUUUGUGAGAUAACUCCAUAUUUGAAUUUCAAUAAUCUGUUAGCAAGAACUUUGUUUGAAAAGUAAACAGUUGAUACUUGUUAGUUACUUGGAAAAUAUAUUCAAAGUGCAUGUAAUGAAAUGUAAUCGUGUGUUAUGUGUAUAUCAGUAAAUUACUUAAGUCUCAGCA